AUAUAAACAAACAAGUAUUCUUUGAUAUUAGAUUCAGAUAGUACCUACUUUAUACCAUUAAGAUUUAAAUUUAUUUGUUGAUUUGUUCAUUUCACAGUGACAGUUGUGUUCAAUGCCCAUUAGACAUUACUCAUAAUUAUUAAUUACUCUUACAUAGUUACAUACUUAAUAUUUAUUUGUUUUGAUAAUUUAAUUUUAAUGUCAAACACCCUAGUGUUAUGAAACACCUCAAUUUGUAUUUCUUUUAAUGUUUUGUUUUUUUUAUUGUUUUUUAAUAGUUGUUAGAUAGUCUAAGUAGGCGUUAUUUAGUAACAAAUGUUACUGCAUAAUAAACGUCUUACAUACUAUUUCUUGGCAAGUUUUUCAUUCAUUCUAGGAUGCACAUUGACACUGUUUGUUUUGCAUCCAAUAGCAUUAAAACCAAACUCUUCACCAAAUGUACAUAACAUUAGGUUGCUUGUACUUGUCUUAUCAGCUGUAAAAAAUCUAAACCGUAGGGAUGCUAUACGUGAAACAUGGGCUCAAACAAAAGAAGAUGUUAAAAUACUCUUUGUUGUAUCAAAAGACAAAUCUUUAAAUGCUGAAAAGCUGGUACAUGAAGACUUAUUGGAGGUUGAUGAAAAAGAUGAUUAUAAAUUACUCACUCAUAAAAUAAUAGCAUCAUUUUCUAGUGUAUAUCACAUUAACUUUGAUUAUCUGUUAAAAUGUGAUGAUGACUCUUUUGUUAAUAUUCCAUCAAUUGUCAAUGAACUAGAACAUAUGCCUAAAAAUAGGUUCUAUUGGGGAUAUUUUGAUGGUAGUGCAAGCAUUAAAAGAAAAGGGAAAUUUAAAGAAACUCAAUGGAUAGCAUGUGAUAGAUAUUUGCCGUAUGCCUUGGGAGGUGGCUAUGUUUUAUCCAAAGAUCUUAUCAUCUAUAUAGUGAAGAAUCGAGAUUACCUAAGUUUGUUCGCUAGUGAAGACGUUUCAGUUGGCGCUUGGUUAAGUCCAUUAAAUAUUACUAGAAAACAUGAUCGACGAUUUGACACAGAAUGGUAUAGUCGCGGUUGUCAAAAUAACUAUUUAGUAACACAUAAACAAAGUCCUGAAAUGAUGAGACUGCACUGGUCACACAUUAUUCGGACGGGAAAAAUGUGUGAUAAAGAGUUCAAAAAUAUGGCUUCUUACGAAUAUAACUGGUCAGUAAUGCCAUCUAAAUGUUGUGUCAGAAAUUCGUCUUUAAUUCCAUAA